UCGCUCCCAUGAUAAAGAGGGCAAUGUUAACAGUAAUAUGAAAGCUCUUAUGAACUUCAUCCAGUAUGUUUAAAUGUCCGCUACAUAAUAAACAAGUUAAAAAACUGCCACAACAGAUUAUCUGCAAGAAAUUGCAAGGACUAGGAAUACAAAGUACAGCAGAUACUGGAUUUCAAAAUAAGAAAUAAAGUGCUGGAGUAACUGAUCAUGUCAGGCAUCAUCUCUGGGAUCAUGAAUAGGUGAUGUUUCGAGUCGGGACCCAUCUUCAGACUAGAAACUUUUUCUCUAAUGAUUGUAGAAUGGAAAGUCAUCUCUGUCCCUUUGGACUCCAGGUGCAUGCACCACUGUCUCAGCAUGUGAGGAAGAUAUUUUGGGAUUAAAAUACGAUAAGUUGUUUCAUUCAGAAGGUGGUGUAUUUUUGUCAUUCUUCAUUCCAGAGAGCAUUCGAGGACAUUCAGAAGUGAUUGGUAGUUUUCUGGACGUUAAAGGAUAUGUAGAUUGUGCUGGAAAAUGAACCUGAAAUAGAAGAUUGCUAGUUCAAAUGGCCAUAUGUCUGACUCCUGUUCCUAAUUCUUACUUUCUUUUCUGAUAUUCAGAUUUAUGUGUUAGAAGGCAACUACAGUACCCAUUUCAUGUGUGGUGUUAAUUCAUCGUAAAGGCCUGUCAUUUUUGUGAUCAUCUUUGCCACUCUCUUGAGCAAAGGAGUAACCCUUGCAUUCCCUCUCUCUCCAUCCCUCACCUGCUGCAAUCAUCCUACUAGUUUUACUGUUUGUAUCCCCUCGUUAUUACCUCCUCCAAAGUCAACAAUGAACCAUGUGGGCUCUUUGACCAUUAGUGCAGGCUCUGAUUUGUUCUGUACAUUUUCAAACGUCUAAUUUCUCUCUCACCGGUCUCUCAGUUUGAGGAAGGGUCUCGACAUGAACCGUCACCUAUUUCUUAGCUACUGAAUUAUGAAUGGAGCUGAUUAUUACACAGACUGUAACAACUACUCACCUUUUGCUUAGCCACCCUCUUCCUGUCCCUCUGUUUGAUGACUUUCCAAUAGUAAAUUCAUCCCCAUCUUAAACACUCCUCCUUCUUUGACAGUUCCUUUAGAUGGAGGGUGGCAUGUCUCUUCUCUGGUUCUACUAGUUCUGUUGUGGUUGAUGAGGCUAACGUGUGGUCUGCAGACUUUUGCACAGAUGGGGCAGAUAUCUGCUGACAAUCAUUAAAUCUCAACAUGUUUCAAAUGAUAAUUAACUGAAUUGUUUUGUUUCUCCUUUUAGGUGGUGUUACCGAACCUCCUGGUGAGUAUAUCGCUCCCAUGAUAAAGAGGGCAAUGUUAACAGUAAUAUGAAAGCUCUUAUGAACUUCAUCCAGUGUGUUUAAAUGUCCGCUACAUAAUAAACAAGUUAAAAAACUGCCACAACAGAUUAUAGGCGCUUCAAUGCGACUGAACCUCAAGAGUUGCUUGUAGUUAUCAUCUUGUUAAGGAAACAAAUUGUGUCCAUGCCAUGGAGGGAAUGCAAAACAGAUUGACGGGAUAGGUAACAGAAAUUGUGAUUUAGCCACAUGAGAAGAAAUUGCAAGUAUUAGUAAUACAAAGUACAGUAGAUACUGGAUUACAAAAUGAGAAAUAAAGUGCUGGAGUAACUGAUCAUGUCAGGCAUCAUCUCUGGGAUCAUGAAUAGGUGAUAUUUCGAGUCGGGACCAUUCUUCAGACUAGAACAUGUUUCUCCAGGGAUUGUAGAAUGGAAAGUCAUCUCUGUCCCUUUGGACUCCAGGUGCAUGCACCACUGUCUCAGCAUGAGAGGAAGAUAUUUUGGGAUUGAAAUACGAUAAGUUGUUUCACUCAGAAGGUGGUGUAUUUUUGACAUUCUUGAUUCCAGAGAGCAUUUGAGGACAUUCAGAAGUGAUUGUUAGUUUUCUGGACGUUAAAGGAUAUGUAGAUUGUGCUGGAAAAUGGACCUGAAAUAGACGAUUGCUAGUUCAAAUGGCCACAUGUCUGACUCCUGUUCCUAAUUCUUACUUUCUUUUCUGAUAUUCUGAUUGAUGUGUUAGAAGGCAACUACAGUACCCAUUUCAUGUGUGGUGUUAAUUCAUCGUAAAGGCCUGUCAUUUUUGUGAUCAUCUUUGCCCCUCUCUUGAACAAAGGAGUAACCCUUGCAUUCCCUCUCUCUCCAUCCCUCACCUGCUGCAAUCAUCCUACUAGUUUUACUGUUUGUAUCCCCUCGUUAUUACCUCCUCCAAAGUCAACAAUGAACCAUGUGGGCUCUUUGGCCAUUAGUGCAGGCUCUGAUUUAUUCUGUACAUUUUCAAACCUCUAAUUUCUCUCUCACCGGUCUCUCAGUUUGAGGAAGGGUCUCGACAUGAACCGUCACCUAUUUCUUUCCUCUAGAGAUGCGACCUGCCGAGCUAAUUUGCUGCAACAUGUUGUGUCAAUCCAUCAGACCCAAUGUUCACUUUGAAUCUACUUUCUCUUUCUGCUCUUCUUCAGUGGGGAAUUGCAAAACUGCGUGGUUUGACCGUGAUAACCCAUCAGGAAAUGGAGAUUAUGAAAUCUUCCCCAAUCUGCGAACUGAGAAUCCCGGUCAGAUCUGCAUGGAUCCGAUCGCCUGUGAGGUGGAGACAACAUCAGGGAUUCCGGCCUCACAGACUGGAGAGAACAUUGCCAGUUGCAACGUUUCUACUGGAUUCUUUUGUGUGAACAGCAACCAACGUGAUCGCGCAUGUCAAGAUUACAGAAUACGAUUCACCUGCCCUGAUUCCUUUUGUGGUGUUACCGAACCUCCUGUAGGGAAUUGCAAAACUGCGUGGUUUGACCGUGAUAACCCAUCAGGAAAUGGAGAUUAUGAAAUCUUCCCCAAUCUGCGAACUGAGAAUCCCGGUCAGAUCUGCACGGAUCCAAUCGCCUGUGAGGUGGAGACAACGUCAGGGAUUCCGGCCUCACAGACUGGAGAGAACAUUGCCAGUUGCAACGUUUCUACUGGAUUCUUUUGUGUGAACAUCAACCAACGUGAUGGCUCAUGUCAAGAUUACAGAAUACGAUUCACCUGCCCUGAUUCCUUUUGUGGUGUUACCGAACCUCCUGGUGAGUAUAUCGCUCCCAUUGUAAAGAGGGCAAUGUUAACAGUAAUAUGA